AUGUCAGAACAAGACUACAUGACCGCCUUCUGCACCGCCCUCGCCGCCAAAGCCUCGCUUGACCCGGGCCUCCCCGUCCCCAACCCUACAUCCUCAUACUGGCAAUCCUCGCCCCAUGCCCUCUCAACCCACCAAUCCGCUCACCUCCCCUCCACCGUCGAUGUAGCCAUAAUAGGCUCCGGCAUGACCGGCAUCAGCGCCGCGUACCACUUACUCCAACAUCAACCGGAUCUGCGCAUCUCAGUCCUUGAAGCACGUAGUCUGACCUCUGGCGCAACGGGGCGUAAUGGGGGUCAUUGUAAAGAGGAUCCGUAUGAUGAUUACGAGGAUUUGAAGGAGUUAUAUGGUAAGGAAGGUGCGAAGAGGGUUGUGAGGUUUCGAUUGGCGCAGUUGGAUGCAUUGGUGGAUGUGAUGAGGGAAUUGGGGAGGGAUGCGGAGAAGGAGAGUUGUCUGAGGCGUGUAGAUGGAUUGGAUGCGUUUUAUGAUCGGGAUGCGUGGGAGACGGUUAAGAAGAAGGUCGAGGAUUAUCUGGAGGAUUUUCCGGAAGAAAGGAAUGUGUGGAUUGUGCAUGAGGGGGAUGAUAUCAACGAGAGAUUCGGCACAAUCAAUGCAGUGGGCUGCAUCACCGGUCCGGCAGGCGCAAUGUGGCCAUACAAACUCGUCGGCGCAGUGACGAGCCACAUAUCAAAUACGCAGAAAUACCCAAACCUCUCCAUCGAAACACAUACCCCUGUCGGCAGCAUAACAUCUACCGAUCCGCAGGAAGCAAAAUACCCUUUCCUCCUUUCAACUCCCCGAGGAGAUAUGAAAGCUACACAUGUAAUCCACUGCACAAACGCUUAUGCUGCACAUCUCCUGCCCGGUUUGAAGGGCAAAAUAUACCCUAUACGCGGACAAAUGACUCGCCAAAGCGCGCCGCCUGGGUUUCCAAGACUGGGGGAUCGGAGAUCGUGGAUUCUUCAUUAUGAUUUUGGUUAUGAUUAUGUGACACAAUCGCCUUCUUCUUCUUCAUCGACGGAGGAUAUUUAUCUCGGUGGAGGGUUUCUAAAAGCUCUUGUCACGGGUCAGGUGUCCGUGGAGGAUGCUGACGUGGGAAGUACACGAGACGAUCUACAGAAUCCCACGGCAYUAGCCACUCUUCAAGACGCGGUGGAAAAAAGAUUACAGCACGGAAACGGUACGAAGAUCGUAGAUCAAUGGACGGGUGUGAUGGGUUUCACCAUCGACAACAACCCCGUUGUUGGCAAAAUUCCCUAUGAAAUAUCGCGUAGAAGACCGGCUGAUGCCCAAAUAGAAGGAAGGGAAUGGAUAGCUGCAGGAUUUUGCGGCAAUGGGAUGGUGAAUUGUUGGCUUAGUGGGAAAGGGAUUGCGCAGAUGCUGCUCAAUGGAGAGGAGGCUGUUAGGGGCUGGUUUCCGGUUGAUGAAUAUGCGUGUACCACCGAACGGUUAGAAAAGAUGACGUUGGUGGAGAGGUUUUUGGAGUUUGUCAAGGAUGCUGUUUGA